CUGUCGUUUUCCCGCCUGAGAUCUGCACAUUUUGACGCUUGAUUUCGAAACUGGACAUUUUGCUUGGCGCACGUGAACUUUACGAUGGUGUAUCUGUAUGUUUGAAAGGCACCAAUGAUUGUAAAUUUUGGCGAAGGCGAAUAGUGAGGGGGCUGCGGGGUUUCAAGGACCUGGAGUGACGAACUCCAGUCCUGCUUGGAUGAUCCAACUGACAGCUGGAUUUCACUUGACAAACACGUUGUGAUGGUAGUAAGAAAUAUACAGAUUUACACCCAAACUCGCAAAAAUACAGUUGUUUGAAGGGAACAACGUCCGUACAAUAGGGACAAGAUGUUUUGGAAGUUCAAUCUUAUGACGUCCUCCCAUGUGGAUACUCUUCUGGAAAAAGAGGAUGUCACACUGCAAGAACUGAUGGAUGAAGAUGACAUUCUUCAAGAAUGUAAAGCUCAGAACAGAAAGCUGAUUGACUUUUUGAUCAGAGAGGAUAACAUGGAGGAGAUGGUAAAGCUUAUUACCGAAGAGCCGUCAAGUGAUGCAGAUGAGAAGAAUAGAUAUAACCAUUACCUUUCCAUCAGGUACCCUAACACCGCCUGCGAGCUCCUCACUUCGGACGUCAGCCAGAUCAAUGACAAGCUGGCAGACGACCAGACUCUAAUCGACAAACUGUAUGGCUUUCUGGAAUCUGAGAAGCCACUCAACCCCCUCUUGGCGAGUUUCUUCAGCAAGGUGAUGGGACUGUUGAUCACGCGGAAGUCACAGAUGAUUUUUGACUACCUGAAGGCCAAGGAUGACUUUGUGCGUACUUUAAUGUAUCACCUGGGAACAUCAGCUAUAAUGGACCUCCUCCUUCGUCUGAUCACAUGUAUAGAUUCUCCUGAAGUGAGAACAGCUAUGAUUAAUUGGUUGAAUGAGCAGAAUAUUGUUGACAAAUUAGUUGCACGAAUAAUUCCAUCGGAAGAUGAAGAGGUACACUACAAUGCAUCUCAGUCCCUGUGUGACAUAAUCAAGUUAAGUCGUGAUCUCAUGUCACAGUUACAAGAAAGGGCAGAUGCUGACCCAUUGUUAGCAGCAAUAGAAUCAGAAGAAAUGGUAUCAAAGUUGUUAAGUAAUAUGUUGGAUGGAGAGAAGGAUGAGUCCUGUAUUGUUAGUGGGCUGUCUGUUGUACAGACAUUGUUGGAAUUCAGAAAACAAGGGCUGGACAGUGGACUUGAUCAGAUAACUGCUUUAGAUGCUGAGCGUCUGGCGCAAGGAGUCACUAAUGUAUUACAAGCUAUCAAACCAAGGUUGAAAGACUUCCACAACAUUUUACUGGAUCCACCAAAGCAAAAGUAUAGCCGAAUGCCUACAACAGUGGGAGUAAUGGAUCCUCCUUUAGGAAACACAAGAUUACAGAUAGUUCGUCUUUUAACAACUCUAGUUUCUACAAAUACACACAGUAUCAACCAGGAGUUGUCGAGUCUGGGGACCAUUCGAGUAUUAUUGGAUCUCUUUUUUAAAUACAUAUGGAAUAACUUUUUACACACACAAGUGGAGCAGUGUGUGAACACAAUACUCACUAAUCCUCCAGCUCAAGUGGAGGGCAGGACAGAGAAUCCUCUCCUUUCACAGCUUUUAACUGACUGUACAUUAUUGCAAAGAAUCGUAGAUGGGUGGGAACAAAAUGAUGAAGUCCAAACGAAGAAUGGGGGACAUCGCCAGGGCUACAUGGGGCAUUUAACAUGUAUUGCAAACGAUGUCCUAUGCUGCUUGGAAAAAGGGGAAAAUGCAACACUUUUAAAAGAAAGCUAUGAAGGCGUACCCGAAGAGUCAAGACAACAGUGGGAAUCCUUUGUUGCGAGUGCUUUAACUGAAAUGAAUAAAAAGAACACUGUAGAAUUGGUUCCAAAUCACACCAUUCCCUCAAGUAGUGAGGAUGACGAUGCUGACUUCCGUGACAUUCCCUUCCCUCAGGACACAGCCAUGCAACAGGCCUUCUCUGAUUAUCAGCUGCAACAGAUGACCAGUAACUUCAUAGACCAGUUUGGCUUCAACGAAGAAGAGUUUGCUGAACAGGAGGAAAAAGUGGAUUUGACAUUCACAGACCGAAUUUCGACCAUUGAUUUCAACAUACAAGCUAAUGAAGAUGAUGAACAGCCAGGGUCCACAAUGUUUGAACAAAGGUGUAAUGAAAACAUACAGCCAUUUGAUGACAAUGAUAGUGAUGAAGAUAUCUGGGAAGAGAAGCCAUUUACCGUAGCAUCAGGAACAGGAGAUUCCAGCUCACCAAUAAAGAGAGAGACCAAUGCUGACAGUGAUGACAGCACAGACAGCGAAGAUGAACUCAGCUCUCCUAAGAUCAUUCCUCAGCAGCCCUCUACAGAGAAAAUGGAAAUAGACUCCACUGAAGUUGGAUGGGCAAAGUUUGACUCUUCCAUCGAAAUCCCUCCGGUUGCCAUGGACAUGGGAAAUCCAUGGGAAAGCUCAGCAUCCCGAAACACUACAGCCAAUACCAGUGCAGUGUCAGAAAACACCCAGGCUGCAGACAACUGGGCAGAUUUUAGUAAAUUUGCCCCCAGCACUGACCCUGGUCCAAGAAGUAGUUCACCCGUUGCUAUGGAUACUACAGAAAACAAUUCCAGAUCAAGUGCCUAUUUAGCUGCAAGUGCUCCUGCUGAUUUAGCUAAUGAGGUAUCCGAAGCCUCAGAGGGUGACAGCAAAACUAAACGCAGCUCUGCUACCGAAGAUGGACUUGGUCAGAAAGCUAUGAGUCCCGAUUCCACGACAGUAGAGCCUACAGUACCACCUAGUGGAUCUGGGGAUUCCUCUAACCCCAAACUUGCUGAGGAGGUGCCAGUGGUGGAAGGCAGUGCAGUGCCUGGGGAUACCCAAGUCACGUCCACUAAUGAAUCUGGGUUGGCGCAGUCUUCAUAUAGCGACAACGAUGAUGAUGACGACUUAAACUCUAAUUUUGCCUUCCUUGCAGCCUCAGGUUUAAUGAAAUCCAAAGCUACAAGCUCCCAACCUGCUCUGGAUGAUAAUAAAGCCGAGCCUAGUGAAAACUCCAGCCGGGAGAAGGAAGGCCAGUUGGAAUCUGGGACUGCCAUGGAACAGUUAAGGGCUCAAGCCAAAGAUGCCAUGGAGCAAUAUGACAAAGCAACUACAAUGACAUCAACAACAACUAUCCAACUGCAGAAUGGGCCAGUAUGAGACGGGCACAUCUAGCUGUGACUAUGCCUGUAUUUAUAUGUGAUGAUUAGUAACAAAUUUCUUCACCGCAUCAGACUUUAUCAUUUGGGCAAACUGUUAAUGAAAUCUGAUAUUACUUUAAUGUGUGGAUGCAACUAUGUGAUAAGGCAGACUUGUAGCAGCUGCCUGCAUAUGGAGUGAUAGGUUGAAGCUACAGGCCAUUGUGAAUGAGCUGACUGUUAGCUGUGUAAGCAGGACUGAAGAGAAAUUUCACCAGACUAACCAAGGGCAUGACUAAAUGUCUGCUGGGGAAUUCCAGGCUAAUAUAACUCGGUUGUAACGUAAGUUUUUCAUGCAAGUUCGGAGUGUAGUAUCAGAAUUUCAGUGGUGUUGAGGUGAAUUAUGGUGCUGAAGAGGGAAGUAACUCUGCGUGUGACUACUGUUACAGACUGAUAACAUCCUGCUGGUAUGCUGGCUCAUGUAUGUCAACCUAAAUACAUGAAGUUACUUGCACAGUGGCUGUGAUGCAGCAGGUUUAAUAAAUCUGAUGUCAGCAGGGACAAAAAUAACCUCCAGUACAUGUGCAUCAAGGGCCUUUUGUUGUCUUAUGUAUUGUACAAUUUAUUUUGUACUUUAUUGUAAAUUUUCAAGUAACACAAGAACAGUGUUAUGUGCAUUCAUGCAGUAGUAUGCAAUAUUGAAACCCUGGUCCCAUCCCUUCCUAGACCCAGUAUUUAAGUCUUCAACAGUGCCCAACCCGAUUACCCUAGAAAUUCCAGUUGCAUGGUUGCUCUAUGGGCAGCCACUUGAAUGUAACAAAGUUAAUUGUUAGAUUUGUACAGUUGUUAAGCUCUUAAGUUAGAUUUUCUCACGUACUGUUUGUGUAUAUCUGUACAUAUCUUGUAACUGCUCGGUAUUCAGACUUUCCUUUCUUCCAUACAUCAUUGUACUAAUCCCUUCGUGCCCAAGGUGCAUAUCAAAAUGACAAGGCUUGUGAAAAAAAUGUUGAGUUGUGUUCUGGUAUUUAGGCUUUCUUUACGCUCAGGUCGAGCCGAUAUAGAUGUAUAUUCAAGGAAUCCGAGCGUCUUUGUCAUAUAUUUAGUCGUGUAAGAUAUGUAUUGAGGGUGUACAGAUACUGUGAAUACAUCAGGGACUUAUCUAUAGGGUCUCGUGUGAAAAAAUGUGAAUUGUCUGAUAACAGUAUUCACAUAUAUCUUCAGUAAGGAACCUGGUCUUUUAAAGUGUUUGCUUAUUUUAAUUUAAGCACUGGUCAGAAAGCAGUUUCGUGGUACAUAUUUUAAUGAGCAUAGGUCAGUUAGCUAGGUAGCUGUGUCUUGUAAUACUGAAAGAAACUUUAAGAAAAAUACAGUUUUAUUUACGCCAAUGUAUUCUCACAUCUAUACACAAGGAAGACAUUCAGGGGCACUCUGUAAACUGUAGUUGCCAGUUGUAGCUCUGGUUAAUGUUAACUUAACUCUGUUUUCCAUCUGUCAAAUGUGUUAUGAUAGAAACAGUGGCAACAAAGUCGACUGUUAGUCGUACACAUCAUGUUGUAAUACAGUAUGAUACGUGUAAACAAUGUCAGUAUGUGUCAUAGAGGAUACCAUGCAAGUUAUUUUGUAAAUCAGCGGCUUAGAAAUACUUCAUGGACUCUGUCAGGGUUGGUAUUUGUUACUUGCAUUAACUUGGACUAGUUUCUUUAUGGAAAAGCUCAUUUGGUGUAAAAAGCCCUCCAUAUUACUGUUGAUAGUGGUGCUAUGUGCUUCCUUGACUAAAGGAACACAUGUUUAGUGUAUAGCGUACCAUUUAUCAAGUUUAUAACAUUACAAUGUUUUCAGUGUAACCACAUACUCUGUGAUAACACGCGAAAAAAAUAUACAGUAACAUAUUGUCAGUAUGUGUCUGUUUGUGAAGAAUAAACACAAACUUGUUGUAUAUGUAUGGCACUGUGCAUACCGUCUUGUCCAAAACUUUUAGACUGUAAGGCCAAAGGGAAUUUGAUCUCUCUUUGGCCUUACAAAGAUUUGUCUAGUUUUAUAACCUGGGAGUGCAUGGAGAAGAAAAAGAAGUGGCGGUUUUGGAUUUGCUAUGCCUAUAAUUGAAGUUGGAUAAAUACUUAAAAACAGCAUCGGUCUUAAGAAUCUGUGUAUAUGGACAUUUGUGUCGAUAGGGCAGUGUCCUCCCAACAUAUCAAAAUGUGCUGCUAUUUGAGUUUCACUUCUUUCCUUGAUGAACUCCCAAAAUUGUCUUGUGUUCAAGCUGAAAUAAAUAAAAGAAUAAAUGUAUGUCAUCUGUAUUUCUUUUUUUUUU